AUGGCUGAAUUUCACUUUGAUGAAAUAACCAAGGUCAUUGGUAUCGAUGACAAGAGAUAUGAGAAGGUUUCGCGCAUUGAAGCCCAAUCUGAAGAUGAGGACGUGUAUCUGGAACUAGACGUGCAUAGACAGCUGUAUAGUAUGCUCCAGGGGGAGAAAUAUAGGAUGGUGAUAUCGCAUACUCUCAAUUCAGACGGUUCAGCUGUUACUGGCUACAUUUCUGAGGGCAAACAGAAAUCACUUGCGGACAAAUUUGAGUAUGUCAUGCAUGGACUGCUAUAUAAGAUGUCAGAAGAUAAAGAAAAGCAAAAUGAUGGAAGCAACACUGUUAAAGUGGUGGUAUAUAUUUCUUUUGGAGGGCUUCAGCUGAUGCUGAAAGGUGAUCCCUUGAAAAUGUACAAGUUCAGACUUGAUCAAAGGUUGUUUCUUCUCUUGAGGAAGAUUUGA